CGGUCAGCUGACUCGCCGGACUGCGCCGUCAUCCCAGCUAUAAGCGCGCGACCUCUGGGACUCGGCUCGGCUCCCACCCGGCUCUGCAGCCAUGCAGCCCCCCAGCCUCCUGCUGCUCGCGCUCGGUCUGCUGGCCGCGUCCGCCUCGGCGCUCGUCAGAAUUCCCCUGUACAAGUUCACGUCCAUCCGCCGGACCAUGACGGAGGCGGGGGGCCCGGUGGAAGGCCUGGUUGCUCAGGGCCCCAUCACCAAGUACUCCCUGCAGUCUGCGGCUGGGACCCAGAGCCCGGUUCCCGAGAUCCUCAAGAACUACAUGGACGCGCAGUACUACGGGGAGAUUGGCAUCGGGACCCCCCCACAGUGCUUCACAGUCGUCUUUGACACCGGCUCCUCUAACCUGUGGGUCCCCUCCAUCCACUGCAAGCUGCUGGACCUUGCCUGCUGGAUCCACCACAAGUAUAACAGCGGCAAGUCCAGCACCUACGUGAAGAACGGCACGUCCUUCGACAUCCACUACGGCUCGGGCAGCCUCUCCGGGUACCUGAGCCAGGACACCGUGUCGGUGCCCUGCAGUUCAGGUCCGCCAGCCCCAGGAGGCAUCCAAGUAGAGAGGCAGAUCUUCGGGGAGGCCACCAAGCAGCCUGGCGUCACCUUCAUCGCGGCCAAGUUCGAUGGCAUCCUGGGCAUGGCUUACCCCUGCAUCUCCGUCAACAACGUCCUGCCCGUCUUCGACAACCUCAUGGAGCAGAAGCUGGUGGAAAAGAAUGUCUUCUCCUUCUACCUGAACAGGGACCCCAGUGGGCAGCCCGGAGGGGAGCUGAUGCUGGGUGGCAUCGACUCCAAGUACUACAAGGGGUCCCUCACCUACCUCAACGUCACCCGGAAGGCCUACUGGCAGGUGCACAUGGACCAGCUGGAGGUGGCCAACGGGCUGACCCUGUGCAAGGAGGGCUGCGAGGCCAUUGUGGACACGGGCACCUCGCUCCUGGUGGGCCCCGUGGACGAGGUGAAGGAGCUGCAGAAGGCCAUUGGGGCUGUGCCACUGAUCCAGGGCGAGUACAUCAUUCCAUGUGAGAAGGUGUCCGGCCUGCCGCCCGUCUCCCUGCGGCUGGGGGGCAGAGAUUACACCCUCUCCCCCGAGGACUACACACUCAAGGUGUCGCAGGGCGGGAAGACAAUCUGCCUGAGCGGUUUCAUGGGCAUGGACAUCCCGCCGCCCAGCGGGCCACUCUGGAUCCUGGGCGACGUCUUCAUCGGCCGCUACUACACCGUGUUCGACAGGGACAACAACAGGGUGGGCUUUGCCGAGGCCGCCACGCUUUAGCCUGGCCCCUGCCCACCAGCAGAGCCAUGGACCCGAGUCCAGGAGGCAGCCGGCCGGCCCUCAGCACUCGGCCCUGCCCACUCACACACACUCACUCACCGCUGCGGCCCGGCCUUCGCUGGUCUCUCGUCCUAUGGCUUCCCUCCCUGGGUCAGCAGCGCUGCCAGUCUCUCCCAGGAGGGCAGAUGCCAGGCCUAGGCGGGGAUCUGUCUCACCCCUUGGAAGACCCAGCCUGGGCUUGGUGGCCGCCAGGUUUGAGUGUCCCGGGAGUCCCUCCCCUCACCCUGCCGGUCUGAGUCCCUGCCCAAGACAGACUGUCCUCAAGGGCUCUCCUCUGGAAACCUGCCCUGCCGGAGUCCCCUCCACUCAGCCUGGGCCUUGCCCGUUCUGUCGCCCUCGCCUGACGGAGUGUCCUGGCUGCUGAGGCCUGAAGACACGCAGAAGGAACAAGAAGACAGGCAGUCCUUAUGGGCCUGACCCACCCAGGUGGCCUGUAUUGGCCUGAGUCAAGGGCCAGGGUGUCUGGGGCCAUGCUGGCCUUCCUCUGGUGACCUCUGCUGCCCUCUUCCUGGGUGGCUGAGAGCCACAGCUGAUAAGAAAAUAUAGUUGUUGGGCCUA